AUGAAUGAAAGAAGAGGCAAGCAACAACAGAACCAUGGUAAGCCUUACAGUGCUCUAACUGACAAAGGUAAACAAAAAGCUAUUAAUGGCAAGAGAACCAGUGGGAGAGAUGCCCCUACUGGUGUGGUGUGUUUCAAAUGUGAUCGACCGGGUCACAAAAGUAAUGUUUGUACUAGAGAGGUGAAGAGGUGUUUCCGUUGUAGAAACACAGGUCAUGAAAUAGCUGAUUGCAAGUAUAAAGCAGUGGUAUAUUUUAAUUAUGGUGAAGAAAGACACAUCAGUACUCAGUGUCAGAAACCGAAGAAAGAGCCAACUGGUGGAAAGGUUUUUGGUUUAGCCGAGACUCAGACAUCUAGUGAAGACCGGUUGAGUAGAGCUAAUGGGUUGAUGACUACUUCUCUUGUAUGUCUGAAGUGUGCUCUGUCGAUAUUUGAUAAGGACUUUACUGUGGAUCUAAUUUGCUUACCGUUGAGUGGUCUAGAUUCAGUGCGGUUUUCAAAUCCUGAUAAUGUGAAGGAAACUGAGUUCUUGUCUUCUAGACAGUUGAAUGAGUUGACGAAAGAUGGAUCUCAGGUGUUUGCAUUAGUGGCCUCUUUGUCUAUUGAGAAUCAAGCUAUGAUUGAUGAAUUGCAAGUAGUGCAAGAAUUUGCUAAAGUUUUUCCAGAUGAUAUUCCAGAUGUACCACCAGAGAGAGAAGUAGAGUUUGCUACUGAUCUUGUCCCUGGUACUAGAACUGUUUCUAAGGCACCCUACAGGAUGUCGACAUCUGAAUUAACAGAGUUGAAGAAGCAAUUAGAAAAGCUGCUUGAAAAUAAAUUCGCAAAUUACUUUGUCUUCGACGAGUUCUCUGAUAAAGUGGUGUCGGAUAUCAAUAUGUUUCAUUCUGCUAUGCUGAAUUGGAUUUUUGGAGAUGUUGAUAGCACUGAGAUUGUCACAAUAUAA